AUGGCAGCCAAGUUCUUCGUCGUCCUCUCCCUGGCGGUGGCCGCUUCAGCUCUUCCAGUUCUGGAAUAUGCUGAGCACGAAGCCCCCGCACACUACGACUUCGAGUACUCCGUUCACGACCAGCAAAGCGGAGACAUCAAGCAACAGAAGGAGUCCCGCGCCGGAGACGCCGUCCAGGGCUUCUACUCGCUGGUGCAACCCGAUGGUGUCCACCGCAUCGUCGAGUACACCUCCGACAAAGUAAACGGAUUUAACGCUAACGUCCGCUACGAGGGACACCCCGUCGCUCAGCCCGCCAAGAUCGAGUAUGCCGCUCCCGUCGCCAAGCUCGCCUACUCCGCCCCCGUGGCCUACGCUGCACCCGUGGCCAAGAUCGCCUACAGCGCUCCUGUUGCCAAGAUCGCCUACAGUGCUCCUGUUGCCAAGAUCGCCUACAGCGCACCCAUCGCUAAGGUCGCAUACACCGCCCCAGUUGCCAACAUCGCCUACAACAGUGCUCCCUUAACCCAAGUAACCUUCUCUUCCCCUGCCAUUUCCUACCACCACUAG